AUGAAAAAUCUACUUAUUGGUAGUAAACGUAUUCCAGUUAAAGUUUCGAAAAUGGUUUUCACAAUUACUUCAGGGCAUGAUGCCGACAGUGAUGGUUUAAUUAGUAUACAUGAAUUAAAAGGUCUUAUAGAGGCUGGCCUCUGUCGUGAUAUACCCGCAAAUGUGGCACAACAAAUUCUUAAAUUAUCCGAUACCGAUAAUAAUGGUCAUUUGGAUUUUGAGGAAUUUUAUCGUAUGUCUCAAAAACAUCAGUGGAUGAUACGAAAUGUUUUAACAAGAUAUUGUCGUUUGGUGGUACCGCCACCUAAACCCUUGGAGGGUGAUCAGUUGGAUGGUGCCUAUGAAAAGCAAAUGUCAGUAUGUCCGCCUCCCCUAACUAUGGUCAUAUUUUCUGUUGUUGAAAUUAUAAUGUUUCUCAUAGAUGUUAUACAUUUUCAAGAUGAUCCCGAUAAUAAUCGCCGCAUUGGCGAGAGUACAAAUGGCCCUGCUGCCACACUUUUUAUCUAUAAUCCCUAUAAACGUUAUGAGUCUUGGCGUUUUGUUACCUACAUGUUUGUUCAUGUUGGCAUUAUGCAUUUGUUUAUGAAUCUUAUUAUACAAAUAUUUUUGGGUGUUGCCUUGGAAUUGGUGCAUCAUUGGUGGCGUGUGGCUUUAGUUUAUUUGGCCGGUGUUUUGGCUGGCUCUAUGGGUACAUCGCUAACAAGUCCUCGUAUAUUUUUAGCUGGUGCUUCGGGUGGUGUUUAUGCUUUGAUUACCGCUCAUAUUGCUACAAUUAUUAUGAACUGGAAAGAAAUGGAAUAUGCCAUCGUACAACUACUUGUCUUUCUUAUAUUCUGUUUCACCGAUUUGGGUACAUCAAUAUAUCGCCACAUAACCGAUCAACAUGAUCAAAUUGGUUAUAUGGCACAUUUAUCAGGAGCUGUUGCUGGUCUGCUAGUGGGUAUAGGUGUUUUAAGAAAUCUAGAAGUACGCCGUUGGGAACGUAUACUUUGGUGGAUUGCUGUUAUUUUCUAUUUUGCUCUUAUGAUGACUGGUAUAUUGAUACAUGUUUUUUUACCCGACUAUUUUCCACGACAAGAGUACAAUUGAUUGAAUGAUUGAUAAUUUCUAAAAAAAAAGAGAAAACAAUUAAGAUUAAAAGUAACUUUUAAAGCAUUUUAUAUAAACAUAUAUAUAUAUUUUUUUAAAUGUUUUUAAGUAAUUUAUUUUUUUAUAGCUAAAAUAUUAAGCCAAAGUGCCUUUUGGAUUGAUAAUAAUGACAUUAAUGCUUUCUUUAUUUUAAUUACUUUUUUAAUAUGUAAAUUUAAGUUACGUCUUUUAAAGUAUAUUUAUUUUUAAAAAGACAUAAAAUAUUUAAGUAUUUUUUUUACAUAAAAUUACCAAAACGUACAUGCAUAUAGUUAAAUGAAAAUCAUGAAGAAAACUUAAAGAGCAACAUUAAUUUUAAACGAUUUUUAUUACGAAUUUCUUAAUGUCUUGAUUACAAUCUAAUUAAGGGAACUUUUUUUAAUUAAAAAACAGGAUCUAAACUCCAGUUAAUGAAAUUUUAUUAUUAUGACUUUUUUAAAAUUUAAUGUUUACAAGAAAAUUUAUUUAUUAUAAUUGGCAAAUUAUUCUUAAUAGAAAGAAAUUUAAGUAAUUGUUUAAAUAUAAGUAGAUAAUGUUUAAAUUUUUUAAAAUUUUGUUAGCGAUUUCAAUGCACUUUUCUAAGCAAGUUUUUAUUUUAACAAGUAAUCGUUUUUUCUUUAUAUCAAAGAUAAUUUUUAAACACUUCUUCAUAUUAGGUAUAAGAACACUUGUUUUAGUUUAAACAACUAAACAGUCAUACCGUCCAGCAAUAUGUUUGUAAUAAUAUUUUUAAUAUCAGUUACUUAUUUAAUAUGUAUGUACGUUCCCCAACCUGUCCCUUUAUGAUUGAUUCAUUCUUUACAUUAAUAAUUUAUUAACACUUCUAUCAAUAAUGAAUUCCUAUCAUAUUUACUAUACAUACAUACAUAACAUAUGUAUGUUAUUUGUGUUUUUAUGUUUAUUUUAUAGCUUAAGAUUUUAUUUGAUUCGAACAUAUUUAAAUGUUUAUAAAUAAAGUGUGCAUUUAAUUUAUUGUGUA